UCCUUGCCAGUGCUGCCAUUUCACACGUCCCUGAUCCCCACGGGCGCUUCUGUGAGCUAUGUCUCAGGGAUCAGUGACAUUCAGAGAUGUGGCCAUAGACUUCUCCCAGGAGGAGUGGAAAUGGCUUCAGCCUGCUCAAAGAGAUUUGUACAGAUGUGUAAUGUUGGAGAACUAUGGUCAUUUGGUCUCACUGGGUCUUUCUGUUUCUAAGCCAGAUGUGGUUUCCUUAUUGGAGCAAGGGAAAGAGCCCUGGCUGGGUAAAGGGGAUGUGAGAGGAGAUCUAUUUUCAGUUUCAAAUUGUGAAAUCAAAGAUUUUUCUUCAAAAAAUGUCAUUUAUGAUGGCUCAUCCCAAUAUUUCAUAAUGGGAAGAAUUCUAAGCCAAGGUCCUGUGUAUUCCAGUUUUAAAGGAGGCUGGAAAUGUGAAGAUGAUACUGAGAUGCUGCAAGGAGAUCAGCGAUGUAUCAGACAAGUUACAGUCUCUCAUCAAGAAGUCUUGGCUCAACAUAUGAGUAUCAAUACUGUGGAAAGGCCCUAUGUGUGUCAUGAAUGUGGAAAAACUUUCAGUCGGCGCUUUUCCCUUGUGUUACAUCAGAGGACUCAUACAGGCGAGAAACCAUAUGCAUGUAAGGAAUGUGGCAAAACCUUUAGCCAGAUCUCAAACCUUGUGAAACAUCAGAUGAUACAUACUGGAAAGAAGCCCCAUGAGUGUAAGGACUGUAAUAAAACAUUCAGUUACCUUUCAUUCCUCGUUGAACACCAGAGAACACACACUGGGGAGAAACCUUAUGAAUGUACUGAAUGUGGAAAGGCCUUUAGCCGUGCCUCAAACCUCACUCGACAUCAGAGAAUUCACAUAGGAAAGAAGCAAUAUAUAUGUAGGAAAUGUGGGAAAGCAUUUAGCAGUGGCUCAGAACUUAUUCGCCAUCAGAUUACACAUACUGGCGAGAAACCAUAUGAAUGCAUUGAAUGUGGGAAGGCAUUUCGCCGAUUCUCACACCUCACUCGACAUCAAAGCAUCCAUACAACCAAAACCCCAUAUGAAUGUGACGAAUGUAGGAAAGCUUUCCGUUGCCACUCAUUUCUUACUAAACAUCAGAGAAUUCAUGCCGGAGAAAAGCUCUAUGAAUGUGAUGAAUGUGGUAAAGUUUUCACAUGGCAUGCAUCCCUUAUUCAACAUAUGAAAAUUCAUACUGGAGAGAAACCCUACUCGUGUGCUGAAUGUGACAAAGCCUUUAGUCGGAGCUUUUCCCUGAUUCUUCAUCAGAGAACACAUACUGGGGAGAAACCCUAUGUAUGUAAGGUAUGCAACAAAUCCUUCAGCUGGAGUUCAAACCUUGCAAAACAUCAGAGAAUACACACUGUAGAGAACCCCUAUGAAUAUGAAAAUUCAUUUAGUUACCACUCAUUCUUUACUGAACACCAGUGAAUUCACAUUGUGAAGGAAAACUGAGAAGGUGCAGAAUGUUAAAAAAAAAAGCCUUACUUUCACUUUAGAGAACUCUUGUAAAGAAGCCUUAUAUGAAUGUCAUGAACGUGAAGUAAUGUGGUCCAUACUUUAUUCAACAUCCUGAAGAAAAACUUCAGGAAAUAUGUGGGAAAGCCAUUAGUAGCCAUUCAUUCUUUUUGUAGUGACAAGAUAAAAUCAAUAUUGAGAGUAUUCUUCAUCUGCUAAUAUUGAGCAGACUCUUCAUUUGGUUGAAUUCUCUCACUAUAAUUUGUAAAUUCCUACCAGGAAAGAGUACAUACCCAGAAAUUAGCCCUCUUUCUGCAUUUGUCAACCAGGAUAGAAUGCAUGGAUAAGGAAUGAGCUUUACAAAGAUGUACUUUGGACAUUAGAAAACUCAUGCUUAAGCAAAGUGAGACAGACAGUGAUUUGGAAUGCCUUCAUUUACAAUGCAAUAUUUUUUCCAUUUUAUUAUUUUAUUAUUUUUAUUUUUUGAGCCAGA